GGGGAGGGGCCAGAGCGCUGUGCUCUGGCUGUCCACAGCCCUAGGCGCUGCUUGAGCUCAGCCAAUGUCCGGGUCUCCUGAGGCAGCCGACCGCCGCUGGUUCCGAUAGUGUCUUCGCCGACCGCCACGCGGAAAGACAAAAAGACAAAAACUCUCCAGAUGUCUGCUAGUAAUGUCGAAGUUUUUAUCCCAAUGUCACAAGGAAACACCAAUGGCUUCCCCUCGACAACUUCCAAUGAUCUGAAGGCAUUUACUGAAGGAGCGGUGUUAAGUUUUCAUAACAUCUGCUAUCGAGUGAAAGUGAAGAAUGGCUUUCUACCUGGUCGAAAACCAGUUCAGAAAGAAAUACUGUCAAAUAUCAAUGGGAUCAUGAAACCUGGCCUCAAUGCCAUCCUGGGACCCACAGGUGGAGGCAAAUCUUCGUUAUUAGAUGUCUUAGCUGCAAGGAAAGAUCCAAGUGGAUUAUCUGGAGAUGUUCUGAUAAAUGGAGCGCUGAGACCUGCCAAUUUCAAAUGUAAUUCAGGUUACGUGGUACAAGAUGAUGUUGUGAUGGGUACUCUGACGGUGAGAGAAAAUUUACAGUUCUCAGCAGCUCUUCGGCUUCCAACAACUAUGACGAAUCAUGAAAAAAACGAACGGAUUAACAGAGUCAUUCAAGAGUUAGGUCUGGAUAAAGUGGCAGAUUCCAAGGUUGGAACUCAGUUUAUCCGUGGUGUGUCUGGAGGAGAAAGAAAAAGGACUAGUAUUGGAAUGGAGCUUAUUACUGAUCCUUCCAUCUUGUUCUUGGAUGAGCCCACAACUGGCUUAGACUCGAGCACAGCAAAUGCUGUCCUUUUGCUCCUGAAAAGGAUGUCUAAGCAGGGACGAACAAUCAUCUUCUCCAUACAUCAGCCUCGAUAUUCCAUCUUCAAGUUGUUUGAUAGCCUCACCUUAUUGGCCUCAGGAAGACUUAUGUUCCAUGGGCCUGCUCAGGAGGCCUUGGGAUACUUUGAAUCAGCUGGUUAUCACUGUGAGGCCUAUAAUAACCCUGCAGACUUCUUCUUGGAUGUCAUUAAUGGAGAUUCCACUGCUGUGGUAUUAAACAGAGAAGAAGACUUCAAAGCCACGGAGAUCAUAGAGCCUUCCAAGCAGGAUAAGCCACUCAUAGAAAAAUUAGCCGAGAUUUAUAUCAACUCCUCCUUCUACAAAGAGACAAAAGCGGAAUUAGAUCAACUCUCAAGGGGUGAGAAGAAGAAGAAGACCACGGUCUUCAGGGAGGUCACCUAUACCACCUCCUUCUGUCAUCAACUCAGAUGGGUUUCCAAGCGUUCAUUCAAAAACUUGCUGGGUAAUCCCCAGGCCUCUAUAGCUCAGAUCAUUGUCACAGUCAUACUGGGACUGGUUAUAGGUGCCAUUUACUUUGGGCUAAAAAAUGAUUCUACUGGAAUCCAGAAUAGAGCCGGGGUUCUCUUCUUUCUGACAACUAACCAGUGUUUCAGCAGCGUGUCGGCUGUGGAACUCUUUGUGGUAGAGAAGAAGCUCUUCAUACACGAAUAUAUCAGUGGAUACUACAGAGUGUCAUCUUAUUUCUUUGGAAAACUGUUAUCCGAUUUAAUACCCAUGAGGACGUUACCAAGUAUUAUAUUUACCUGUAUAGUGUACUUCAUGUUAGGAUUGAAACCAAAGGCAGAUGCCUUCUUCAUCAUGGUAUUUACCCUUAUGAUGGUGGCUUAUUCGGCCAGUUCCAUGGCGCUGGCCAUAGCAGCAGGUCAGAGUGUGGUUUCCAUAGCAACACUUCUCAUGACCAUCUGUUUUGUGUUUAUGAUGAUUUUUUCAGGUUUGUUGGUAAAUCUCACAACCAUCGCAUCUUGGCUCUCAUGGCUUCAGUACUUCAGCAUUCCUCGAUACGGGUUUACAGCUUUACAACAUAAUGAAUUUUUGGGACAAAACUUCUGCCCAGGACUCAACACAACAUCAAACAGUACUUGUGAAUAUGCCAUAUGUACUGGCGAAGAACAUUUGACAAACCAGGGCAUUGAUCUCUCACCCUGGGGCUUGUGGAAGAAUCACGUGGCCUUGGCUUGUAUGAUUGUUAUUUUCCUCACAAUUGCCUACCUAAAAUUGUUAUUUCUUAAAAAAUAUUCUUAAAUUUCCCUUAACUCACUAUGAUUUAUCCUCACAUGUAAGAAGCACCUUGAUUUAAGUGUUCAA